AUGGCCGCAAUCGCAUCUGCAGUGCAAAAUUCAAAUUCAAGUGCUUAUUCAAAUGGUGAAAGAAGAACGUUCAAUGAAUCGAAAAAGGAGGAUAUGUCCGAUGACGACGAUAUUCCAUUGUCGCGGAAAGCACGAAUGAUUGUCGAUGACGACGAUAUACCCCUUGCUAAGAAAUUGAAAACCAUGAAAAAUACACAUAGUGAUGAUGAUGAUGAUGUGCCGCUGUCACAAAAGGCUAAACCACAGAAAGGGCUAUCCGAGGAGGCGGUGGCUGAUGCAUCGAGCAGUCGAGUGAAAAAGUCACCGUUGCUGUCAUCCACUCCUUCAUCGGCAAGAAAAGUGAUUAAAGCAGAAUUGGAAAGCGAUGAUGAUGUACCAUUGAGCGUGCGAGCUGCCACAUUGACCAAGAAAAGGAAAAAAGUGAAUCAGACGAUGAAGAUUAUAAACUGGAGGUGGGAAGAAGAAAAGAAGCCGAGUGGCAUCAAAUGGUAUAGUCUGUCCCACAAAGGGCCCAUUUUUGCCCCGCCAUACGUACCACUUCCUGAAUCUGUUCACUUCAAAUACGAUGGGAAGGUGAUGAAAUUGACACCACUGACAGAGGAAGUUGCGUCUUUCUACGCAAAGAUAUUGGAACAUGAAUAUACAACAAAGGAAACUUUCAAUAAAAAUUUCUUUAUGGACUGGAGGAAGGUGAUGACUCCCGCAGAGCGCGAAAAGAUCACCGAUUUAACGAAAUGUGAUUUCCGGGAAAUGCAUGCUCAUUAUGUUCAGCUGAGAGAAGAGCGAAGGUCCUUGAGUAAGGAAGAUAAACAAAAAAUUAAAGAGGCUAAACAAGAGGAAGCUAAAAUGUAUGGUGUCGCAUAUAUUGAUGGACAUAAACAAAAAAUAGGAAACUUUCGAAUUGAACCACCGGACUUGUUUCGAGGACGUGGUGGUCAUCCUAAAAUGGGUCGUUUAAAGAGACGAAUUAAUCCCGAAGAUGUGAUUAUUAACUGUUCAAAGGAUUCAGAAAUACCAAAACCACCUGAAGGCCAUCGCUGGAAAGAAGUGCGUCAUGAUAAUACAGUGACAUGGCUGUGUUCAUGGACCGAUAAUAUUUUAGGUUCCAUCAAAUACAUUAUGCUUAAUCCAUCGUCGAAAAUCAAGGGUGAAAAAGAUUACGAAAAAUUUGAAACUGCAAGACGAUUAAAAGAUGUUGUUGAAAAUAUCCGGGAAAAUUAUACGAAAGAUUUGAAAAGUAAGGAGAUGCGCGUGCGACAACGAGCAGUGGCACUUUAUUUUAUUGAUAAGUUAGCACUUCGUGCUGGUAAUGAAAAAGAUGUUGAUGAAGCAGCAGACACCGUUGGUUGUUGUUCACUGCGAUGCGAACACAUUCAGCUUCAUGAAAAGUUGGACGACAAUGAUUAUGUGGUUGAAUUUGACUUUCUUGGUAAAGACAGUAUCCGGUAUUACAACAAAGUUCCGGUAGAGAAGCGAGUUUUUAAAAAUUUGAAACUUUUUAUGGAAAAUAAAAGCGGUAACGAUGAUCUCUUCGAUCGUCUUGAUACUGCAUCGCUGAAUAAAUAUUUACAAAGCUUGAUGCCAGGUUUGACCGCCAAAGUUUUUCGUACAUAUAAUGCAUCGAUUACUCUACAACAACAACUGGAGAAAUUGACCAAAGACGAUUCUACAGUACCUGAGCUACUACUCUGUUACAAUAGAGCGAAUCGUCAGGUUGCAAUUUUAUGUAAUCACCAACGUGCUGUGCCAAAAAGUCAUGAAAAAAGUAUGGAAAAUUUGAAAGUGAAAAUAAAGACGAAGAAAGCAGAACUGAAAGAAGCUAAGGAAGAACUAGAAAAAGCACGUGGUGAUGUAGCCAAACAACGUGCAUCCAAGCGUGUUGAUCGAAUCAAAGAACAAUUGAGGAAAUUAAAAAUUCAGCGAACGGAUAAGGAUGAAAAUAAGCAAAUUGCUCUGUCUACAUCAAAAUUGAAUUAUUUGGAUCCGCGGAUAUCAGUUGCUUGGUGUAAAAAGUAUGAAGUACCAAUUGAAAAAAUUUUCAACAAAACGCAACGUGAAAAAUUCCGUUGGGCAAUUGACAUGGCCGACGAAGAUUAUGUUUUCUAA